CGUCGCGCGUCAACGUUACGAGGCGAUUAAAACCACGGCGUAGGUGGCGUAUACUUUCGCCCGGUCUUCCCACGCCACCAUCGCGGGGACGAGACCACCGAACAAGAAGCAGCAGCAGCAGCAGCAGAGAGGUUUCUUGCUGUUCCCUCCCACCGGACGAUCGCGUCGAUGGCGAGCACGAGCGCGUCGUUCUCGGUCUCGAAGGCGCCGCCCACGGACGUAGUGAAGAGGAUGGCCGUCUCCAAGAACGCCGCCGAUGACAUGAUGCGCGUGCUGUCUAUCUACGACGCGCGCUUGCUCCCCAUGUCCCCUCCGGCGGAGGGUGAGGCGGCCGGGGAGGCGUACGGGUGCGAUGAGAGGGAGGUGGAGGAGCAGGAGCAGGAGCAUGAGGAGGAGGCGUUUGCCGCCGCGGAGGACGUCAUCCGCCGGUGCAACUCCUCCUCGUCGUCGUCCGGUAUGACCGACUACCUGUACGCCGUCGACGACGCCCUCGCCGCGGCCGCGCUCCAGGGCGGCCUCGCCUCCCGCGCAGCCGAGGCCGUUCAGGCAGCCAUGCCGCGCCUGGAGGAGGAGGCGCGUGCGCUGCUCUGCUCUUCGUCCGCGCGGCGCCUCUCGCUCUCCUCGGACGACCUCGACGACGCGGCCACGCCGCCCGACGCGUCGCCGCGCCUCUCCCCGCGCGCGGCCGCCUCCGUCCGUGGCGUCGGGGACCGCAUGCUGCGCGCCGGCUACGGCCCGGAGCUGGCGCAGGUCUACGUCACCGCCCGCCGCGACGCGCUCGCGGAGGCCGUGGCGCACCAGCUGGGCGCCGCCGAGCCCGUGGCCAUCGAGGAGGUGUUGAGGAUGGAAUGGGCCUUGCUCGACCAGAAGAUGCGGCGGUGGAACCAUGCCAUCCGGGCCGUGGUCAGGACCCUCCUCGCCGGCGAGCGGCGGCUCUGCGACGAGGUCUUCGCGUCCGACGAGGAGCUCGGCCACGAGUGCUUCGCCGACGUCUCCAGGGGCUGCGUCCUGCAGCUGCUCGGCUUCGCGGACGCCGUCGCCAUGUCUGCGCGCGCCACCGAGAAGCUCUACCGCACGCUCGGCAUGUACGAGGCGCUUGCCGACGUCGCGCCGGAGCUCGAGGCCCUCUUCACCGGAGACGCGCGCGAGCUCUUCGCCGCCGAGGUCUCAGCCGUGGCCGCGCGGCUGGGCUCCACCGUGCGCCGCACGAUCGAGGAGUUCGGAAGCGCCAUCCAGGGCGAGUCGUCGCGGAGGCCCGUGCAGGGCGGAGAGAUCCACCCCAUGAACCGCUACGUGAUCAACUACUGCGGCCUCCUCGCGGACUGCCGCAGCACACUGGACAUGAUCCUCGUCAACACCGCGGAUGCGGUCGACGGCGACGAAGCCACAGGCGGCGGCGGGGGCGCUACGUCGACGCCGUCAGGGCGGUGCAUGCUCGAGCUGCUGACCCGGCUGCUGCGCAAGAUGGACGAGAAGUCGUGCCUCUACGACGACGCCGGCCUGAAGCACAUAUUCCUUAUGAACAACCUGUACUACAUCGUGCAGAAGGUGAUGGAUUCCCCGCUCCGGGAGCUCCUCGGCGACGACUGGAUCCGCCGGCACCGCGGCCAGAUCCGGCAGUACGAGACGGGCUACCUCCGGGCGUCGUGGAUCACCGUGCUGUCCGUCCUCAGGGACGACGGCGGCAGCGCGGCGCCGACGGUCAAGGACAAGGCGAGGAGCUUCAACGCGGCGUUCGAGGAGCUGUACCGGAACCAGACGGCGUGGAAAGUGAUCGACCCGCAGCUCCGGGAGGAGCUCCGCAUCGCCGUGUCGGAGCGGCUUAUCCCGGCGUACCGGUCGUUCCUGUCGCGGCCGAGGCCGCAGACGGGAUCGUCCGGCGGCAGCCGGCACUCGGCGUCGAAGCACGUCAAGUACACGCUUGAGGAUCUCGAGGACUACAUGCUGGACUUCUUCGAAGGCGUGCAGAAGUUCGUCAAGUGAUCGGGGGAGCGGAGCAGAGGAGCUCUGCUUGUGACUGCAACAUUCUUCAGAGGCAGCUUUGCGCUGCCGGGAUUUGUUUUGCCAAGCAUUGCGCGCCAGUAAUGGUAGUACAAGUCCAUUGUCGACACAUCUGUAAAUAGGAAAAGAAUUCAGGAGUGUAUAUAUAGUGCAUCGGAUUUCCAUAAAACACAAAUCUGACAUCAGAUUUUUAGAGGUCCAGGGCCAACGCUAUGGUAGCCGUGCCAUGAUGAGCAGAGAUCGUAAAGCAGCGCUAGUUGCCACGUCACCGCUCUGAAUCUGUUCGGGCCAGCAUAAGUCUUUUGCUGUUCAUGAAAAACACGUUUUAAGGGUCGGUUUUAGC